GCAGUAGCAGGUGGGAAGCAAGCAUGGACCUCGUAGUGAUAAUGCACAGACAGUUCUGAACGGUUGGAACUCGGAACCUGGCUGAAAUUUUGGGGGCUGGUAACGCACGGGUCCCUUCUGGAGAAUGCUCAGAAGGGAUCCGACGACGACUCUGGCCGCUCUGCUGGCGGCUGUGAUCACAGCUACUUGCCAGAGGACUAAAAUACAAGCCUCGGGGUUAUUAUCGACCUGUUUGAAGAUCAGUCUGCAGCUGCUGCUGCUUCUUAAAAGACUUAUCUAUCACAUUGCCAAAGGCCACGAGGUACCACACUUCGCAUGUACUGACUGACUAGUGGCCGGAGGGCCUUGAAGUGGACCGUUCUGUCGAAGCGUGCAGUCGAUCGUCGAAGCAGAAGUUUGAGAGUUGCAUCUUGCCAUUCAUUCGGUCGGUCGGGUCGGUCGAUCGUCGUCUUGGGAGGAAAUGGCAAGGCGAGCGCAGUCUGAAUGCUCGGACUCGGUGCUGUGGGUGCCAGUGCUCGUGCUGACAACUGUGUCAGCACUUUUCCACGGGCCAGCUCUGUCAGCUCAUGCGUGGGGCAGUGAUGGCCACCACGUGAUUUGCAAUAUUGCAGAGGCGCUGCUGACUGAGAUCGCUCGAGAAGCAGUGGAAGCUCUGCUGCCUGACAACGCUGACGGCAACCUGUCGAGCAUCUGCCUGUGGGCCGAUAGCAUCAAACGCCAGGAUGGAUACCGAUGGAGUGCCCCGCUGCACUAUAUCAACACCCCCAACGGCGCCUGCGACUACAAAUACAUCAGAGACUGCCGCGAUGAUGUGAUCAUGCCAGGGUUUUGCGCUUCUGGAGCCAUCAAUAACUACACGACUCAGAUGGAUACCGACCCUGACCAGCACAACCUGACGGAAGCAUUGAUGUUCCUUUCCCAUCUGGUGGCGGACAUUCACCAGCCUCUCCAUGUGGGAUUCGAAGGAGACCGCGGAGGAAACUCGGUGGAUCUUUUCUGGUACAAUACCAGAACCAACUUACAUCAUGUUUGGGACGCGGACAUGAUCACCAAAUCGAAGAACGUGAACUUCGGUGGAGAUAUUUCGAGGCUGACCAAGGCUCUUCUGAAGAACAUCACAAGCGUUUGGAAACGGGAUGCGAAGGCCUGGAGCACAUGCGGAGGGGGUGAAAUUGCGUGCCCAGAUCAGUAUGCCCGGGAGAGCGUUAAAUUAGCGUGCCAGUUCGCUUAUCCUGACGCUCGGAGGGGCGCUGUCCUGUCUGAUGCUUAUUUCCAGACAAGAAUUCCAGUAGCCCACAAGAGGUUGGCACAAGCUGCAGUUCGCCUCGCUUCUAUACUAAACGCGAUUUAUACAGAAGUCUAGACUGGACAAGAUCUUACGUACGGUGGUUACAUACUUAUGGUUAAUAUGGUAGAAAUAUUGCUGAUCAGAGUGAGACAAGCUAGGGUACCUAGUUCAGAAGGCAUGACCAGUUGCAAAUUACUCAUUAAUACAUUACCACGUAAGGACUUCGGUCUGAAAGAGUCCUUAACUUGAACGUUGGGUAUCUUACAAUCAAGGGUAAUAACUUCCAUCUUCGAGAUUGAAACAUUUCGAAGUGAUGCAGAUGCUGUCUAAAUCUUAAACAUCUUUUUCUCCCAUUUGAGCUUGCGAAGUUCGGAGCCACUUAUGGAUAUGAGAAUUGUUUUGCUAGUGUUCAGUGUUUAACUCCUCACCAUUAAUUUGACAGUCAGCAGCACUUGUCCUCGUCCUUAGAUUUCGUCGUACUUGUUGCAGUGUCAUGUGAAGAUUUAUGACUGGUUAACAACAUGUCCUGCUCUUGUGCAAUAUAUGAGUCAGUUUGAG